AAUCUUGGAAAUGUCUAGAAUUUUACGGACUAUAGACACAUGAUGUGUAUAUAAAGUGACAUAGAUUGGUUGGUAUUAAAAUUUUCUUCACCUGAAGCUUCACGUGUCUUAUAUAGGACGAAGAAGCACAUCGAGUUGAGCCUUCUAUGUCACUUAACUUGAUGGUUUAAAUCAAGGGGAAAAAACGGAUCCUAGAUCCUGUGGAUCAUAAUGGAUCCUGGUGGAUCUAGAUGGAUCCUAGAAUGGAUCUUCAUGGGUCCUAGGAUCCGCUUUUCCCUCUUGGUUUAAAUGUGAUCAUGAAGAGUUCUGGCCGGGUUAACUUUUUAAAAAAUUGUGUGAAAACUUAUGACUGACUCGCAAAGUGACAAGUUAACCCGAUCAGAACUCUUCAUGAUCACAUUUAAACUAUCAAGUUUGUGACAUACAAGGCUCAACUCGAUGUGCUUCUUCGUCCUAUAUAAGACACUUAAAGCUUCAGAUGAAGAAAAUUUUAAAACCAACCAAUCUAUGUCACUUUAUAUACGCAUCAUGUGUCUAUAGUCCGUAAAAUUCUAGACAUUUCCAAGAUUCCGCAUAAAAGUCUUCAGAACUCUUUAUUGUCUAAUACAGAUAAACUCCAUUUUUGACGGGUUUUCAUUUGAUAUAAAAUUCAUUAUGUCUUCUAUUUGAAAUUAUAGCGGUACUCCCUGGAAUAAUAUUAUUUCCAACCCUGUACAUUUAUUAGAUAAACCGAAAUGAUCAAAUAGAGAAUAUGAUAAAUACAAUAGUCUCUACUAUAUAUUAUAAUAAAUGAGAUAGUCCAUGUUCAGUAGAUUUCUUUUUUGAAAAAAGUUUAAAUUCAGAAAUUUUUGGUUUAAAAUACCAAUUUCUAUUACUUUUUUUAUUUUUUCUUCUCAAGUUCGACCAGAUCUUCCAGAAGGACAUUUUCAUACAGCUUUACUUCAUCGAUGGAUGAAAUCUUUACACACACCUGAAUCGAUCGCUCAACAUGCAACUGUCUUUGAACAAGAUCUUUGUCAGUUAGUAGAACAAUUGAAACAAUUUGUCUUUCUUGAUAUUUAUGGUGAAAUUCCUUAUGAAAAAGCAGAAGCUUAUUAUUCAAUGGUUCAAACUCGUUUUCCCAAUAGUCGAAAUCAUGUUGACAUAUCAAGAUUUUGUCUUUGGCUUUGA